AAUAAUAACUUGGCCCAGCCGGCGGGUAGCGGAACGCACACUCACUUCCCGUGUUUCCUCACGGACUGUAGGAGUUUGUGCGCCGCGGAAGCGGAAGUAGAAGCUGAAGCGCUGUUACACGUGUGUGCCGGAGCAGCACUUCUGCCAACAUGGGGAAAGAUAAGACCAAGAAUCAGAAGAAGCUGAAGGUUGCAGCCAAUCACAACGCAGAGGAAGAAUUUAAUGCUGUGCCGCACUCUUUCGUUUUCCAACGAGGGCAGAUUGGAAAGAAUGUGCAGCAGCUCAUCGUGGAUGUCCGGAGAGCCAUGGAGCCCUUUACUGCCCGCUCUCUAAAGGUUCGGAAGAAGAACACACUGAAAGACUUUGUAGCAGUGGCGGGGCCCCUAGGUGUUACUCAUUUCAUGAUCUUCACCAAAACCACAACCAAUGUCAAUUUCAAAUUUGUUCGCUUGCCCAAAGGACCUACAUUAAGCUUCAAAGUGAACCAGUACUCUCUUAUGAAGGACGUGGUCUCCUCUCUGAAGAAGCACAGAAUGCACGAGGAGCAGUUUACGCACCCACCCCUACUGGUGCUUAAUAACUUUGGCAACCAAGGAAUGCACGUCAAGUUGAUGGCCACCAUGUUCCAGAAUAUGUUCCCUUCCAUUAAUGUGCACAAGGUGAACUUAAACACCAUCAGGAGGUGCAUUCUCAUUAACUACGAUGAUGAAACACAGCAACUGGACUUCAGGCAUUACAGCCUGAAGGUGGUACCAGUUGGCAUGAGUAAAGGAAUGAAGAAACUCCUCCAAGAGAAAUUUCCCAACAUGAGCCGCUGGGAGGACAUCAGUGAGCUCCUGGUAAAAGGAGCCAACCUGUCUGAAAGUGAAGCUGAGCAGGACGGGGACCACAACAUAACGGAGCUGCCGCAGGCGUGCGCGGGACGCGGGAACAUGAAGGCUCAGCAGAGCGCCGUAAGACUGACGGAGAUUGGGCCCCGGAUGACUUUACAGCUGGUGAAAAUAGAAGAGGGUCUAAGUGACGGCAAAGUGUUAUAUCACGGCUUCAUUCAGAAGACAGAAGAGGAGAUCAAGGCCAUGUUGGAUAGCAGAGAGAAGAAACUCCAGCGGAAGAAAGAGAGGAAGAAGAAGCAAGAGGGAGAUGUGGAACGCAAGAAGAACCUGAAGGAGGAGAACAAGAAGCGCAGCUUAGCCGGAAUGAAGAGGAAGCGCGGGGACGGGGAGGCCAGUGACAGUGAAGUGGAGGAUCCUGGUACUUUGGGAGAUCAGGAUCCAGCUGACCAAUCAGAAGAUGAUGAUGCUGAGUAUUACAGACAGGAAGUUGGAGAGGAGCCAGAUAAAGAUCUCUUUCUCCACACCAAGAAAAGGUUCAGCCAGAAACCUGGGCCUCCCAGAAAGAAAUUUAAAGGGUCUGGAAAAGAGAAGCCAAAGUCCGACACGCGUGGGGGGCACAACAGGCCUCACAGCGGCAAAUCACCCAUCCAGAAACGUGGAGCCAAUGUGGGAGGGAAAGCCUUUAAAUCUGCUCACAAACUGAAAGGCCAGAAAUUCCAAGGAAAGGGAACUGAGCACAGACCCCAGCAAGGAGGCAAAAAGUUCCCCGGCAGUAAAAGGGGGUUCGGACCUAAGAGCCCCAAGACUGGCCAUAAACCCAAAGGGCCGGGGCAUAAACCCAAAGGGCCGGGGCAUAAACCCAAAGGGCCGGGGCAUAAACCCAAAGGGCCGGGGCAUAAACCCAAAGGGCCGGGGCAUAAACCCAAAGGGCCGGGGCAUAAACCGGCAGACAAAAGAGGCAAGCCCUUCAAGCAGAAGAGAAAGUGACUUGCUGGGAAUGAUCUGAUGGACUCCUUGUAAAUAAGAGUGUAAUUAUGUGCCCCUCUCCUUGUAUUUUGUCACUGAGCUCUGAAAUAAAACUGCCCCGCUGGUAUUACAUCUCAUUGGGUCGGUACUGAC